AUGCGAGUUCUCUCUCUUCAGUUGUUGGCGAUAUGCCAGCUUGCCCAUGCAUCGCCAUGCAAGCCUUCUUCUUCAUCUGGUUCGGUCGCUUCAGCAACGGCUUCCACUGAAUCCACGUCGAUCCCCGUUGUCUCGUCCUUGACUAUCGCCGAUGAAACUGAGAUGUCUACCACUUUCUUUACUGAAUCAACUGCUGUGUCCGGGACUGAGACAGCGACUACUCAGACAGCGACUACUGAAACGGAAACGGAGACAGUCUCUGGCUCUACCACUGACAUUGCCUCCGAUUCAGCUACUUCCACCAUCUUGAUCACUACCUCAAGUGCUGAAACAACUACACUCGCUACAACCACUGCUGAGCCUACAACCACCACAGCUGCUGCCGCAGAACCUACCAACGUCCUCGCAAACCCUGGCUUCGAUUCAGGCAGCAUCGCCCCCUGGCACACCCUCGGAGGCCGUGGCACGCUCUCCAUCACCGACGAAGAUACCCACUCCGGCGAUUUCUCUGGCCACUUCUAUACAGAUGGCUUCAUCAGCCCUGUCGUCCUGGGUGUCGAUCAUCCCGUUGACCAAUCCCUGAUCAAGGCUGACACCGAGUACCAUUAUUCUAUCUGGAUCAAGACCGCUCAGGCUGUUAAUUGCAACACGCGAAAGAUUACUUGCGGAGCUGGGGGCGGCUAUAUCUCGAGCUCUGAUUGGGCCGGGCCGUAUAAUGAAUGGACGCAGUUUACUAUGAGCUGCAUUUGGAGUCAAAUGUUUUUGGAUAUGGUGCCGAGUAUUCAGAUUCGAGCGGAGUGUCAGAAUUUGGAGUUUUAUGUUGAUGAUGCUGUUUUGAUCGAGGCGAACUAG